AUGAAUAAAAGAGAGAAGGAAUCCGGGUUAAAUGGUGAUAUUUGUGAAGAAUCAUUUGCACAAGAGAACAGCAUGAAAUCACACCGAAACAAAGUUCAGAAUAAUCGCAAAGAUUUCGCAUUUUUGUCGAGGCACCAAAGGACAGUCCACGAAAGUCGCAAAGAUUUUGCAUGCGACCUGUGCGAGAAGAAAUUUACGCGAAACCCGAAUUUACUCACCCACCUAAAGACGGUGCAUGGAGGUCGGAAAGAUUACGCGUAUGACAGGUGCAAGAAAAAAUUUGGAUUCGAGAGUAAUUUACUCACGCAUCAAAAGAUAAUUCAUGAAGGUCAAAAAGAAUUUGUAUGCGACAAAAGUUCAAAGCACCAAAGUUUAGUCCAGGAAGGUCGCAGAGAUUUGACAUGUGAAACUUGCAAGAAGAAAUUUGAAUUAAAAUCAAAAUUGAUGAGACAUCAAAAGACAGUUCAUGCUGUUCGCGAAUGUUAUCAAUGCGACACGUGCGAAAAGAAAUUUGGACGCAGGUCGAGCUUGAUCUCGCACCUCAAGACACACGAAGCUGUAAAAGAAAGUCGCAAAGAUUACGCAAGCGAAAUAAGUGAGCCAAAGAUCGAUGAACCAAGAAAUUUAAUCAACCACCAAACGACACUCAAUGAAGUUCGCAUAGAUUUGGCAUGCGAUAAAAACGAAGAAAAGUUUGGAGAUCAACGGAAUUUGGUUAAACAACAAAUAAUAGUUCACGAAGGUGUCGAAGAUUAUGCGCGCAGCAUCGAGAGCAAAAAGAGAUCCAGGCCACCACCGAAUUCGACUAGAAAAAGAAAAAAAGGCAAGAAAAUUCUUAAAGACAAUAUAUCUGACAGGUGCCAUAAUUGUUUGGUUUGCCGAUAUCAACGAUCAUUGUCAAAUAAAAAAACUAAAGCAAAGGCAAAAAGGAAGUAAAGAAAUUUCUCGCGCGUCUUCUUUAUGAAUUGCAGGCAUGUGCAGUUGCAUAUAAUAUCAUGUAAGAUGAUAAUCAAUUUUUCGAAGCAUAAAUAAUUUGUAUUUUUACGACUGACUCAAAAUUUUUUCAAUUACAUGCACCGAUUAGCUUUAUAGUAAAUAAAGUUUAUUUGACUAAAGAAUUAAUUUUUGAUAAAAAUAUUGUUUGCAACGUUUACUGUUGUUUAUACCCACAUAUACACUAGUACUUUAA